AUGAUGCAAACCCAAGGUCCCCGGUACAAUGACCACGAACUGCAGCCAUCGCUGCCCUCGGCACAUGUGGACCAACAAUUCCACCUUCACCCGCCAUCGCAGUCGCAAUUGCAACCCGAACAGGCCGACAGCGAUGAUGGUCAGAACAGCGCAGACGAUCUCGACAACGACGAUGACCAGCACGAGGUGACUCGUCUCGGCAAACGCAAGCGCCCCAUCUCCGUGUCGUGUGAGCUGUGCAAGCAGCGGAAAGUCAAAUGCGACCGGGGACAACCGUCGUGCGGGUGGUGCAGCCGCAAUGGCGCGGUCUGCGAGUACAGGGAGAGAAAGAAGCCAGGCCUGCGCGCAGGAUACGGGCGAGAGCUAGAACAACGUCUCGAUAGUUUGGAGGACAAGCUGCGGGUGCAUGCCGAGAUUCUGCAGUCCCUCACUUCUACCACCAGUCCUGUCAGCGGGCACGGUGGCAAUGUUCCCGGAGUCACACACCAUGGCGCGCCGAGCGCGAAGGGCAGCAUUGCCAGCAUGCCCAGUGAUCAUGGCACGCCGCGGGACGCGAUACCGCCCAUCUUCAGCCGUCCGGGCCACGACACGCUUCGCACUCCCCAAGCCGAGACCGCCCUUUUCCUCCAGAAGCCCACGACAUCGCUCGACUUUAGCCUGUCGACGGCGCCGGGACACGAUAGCUUCCCGGCUGUCAGCGGUAUCUCGCCUCCGGGUCACAUCCAGUCGGCUAUGCCACCGAGCGCCGCUGCUCAGGAAUAUUACGGUACUGGGCAUGCGGCGCAACUGCAGUCACCCUCUACCGCGACGCAGAAUUCGAGGCACAUAGGCUCCGAACAGGAACUCCCUCCCUACGACCUGCUCUAUGCGCUGGUGGACCUCUAUUUCAAGCAUGUCAACACAUGGUGUCCCAUCCUGCAUCGUAAGACGACGCUGGACUCGCUUUUUGGACCGUCCAUGAUUGACGACGAAGACAAGGUCUUGCUGCACUCCAUUGUUGCCACAGCUCUUCGGUAUUCGACCGACGCCCGCCUGACCGACGAAAGCCGGCAACGCUACCAUGACACUUCGAAACAGCGUGUGCUCCUGUACGGAAUGGAGCACUUGUCAGUCAAGUCGUUACAAGCCCUCGUGAUCCUCGCAUUGGAUCUCUGCGGCAGCAGUAACGGCCCACCCGGGUGGAAUAUCAUGGCGCUCAUCACACGGGCCGCCGUACAGCUCGGGUUGGCUGUCGAAAGCAAUUCGUUCUCAGUGGCGCCCAGUUACACGUCCAUCUACACGCUGCGCGCCAUGAUCCUCCCGGAACCGCGCGACUUUAUCGAGGAGGAAUCGAGGCGGCGGCUGUUUUGGAUGGUGUACUUGCUUGACCGAUAUGCCACCAUCGCAACAGCGUUUGAGUUUGGCAUCGACGACCGCGAGAUCGACCGUACACUCCCCUGUCGAGACGACCUCUGGAUGAAGAACCAAAAGGUCGACACUCGCUGGUUUCGCAGCGACGACACCAAACCUGGAGCGGGUAGCAACGGUCCCGAGCACGACGUAGACAAACCCGAGAACCUGGGAGCCUUUAGCUACUACAUCGAGAUUCUUGGCAUUCUCUCCAAAAUCCACCAAUUCCUCAAGCAACCCGUCGACAUCACCGCCCUGUCCGACGUCGAGACUUGGCAGAUGCGGUACAAAGAACUCGACAACGCGCUCGCGACCUGGAAGUUCGGACUCCCCGGGGACUACGGCUACAUGGCCAAGCUAUUCCAACCCGCGUCGGCCAAGACUCUCAACUGCGGCUGGGUCAUGCUGCACGCCACCUACCACACGGCCUUCAUCCGCCUGCACUCAUCUGCCGCCUAUCCGACCACCCGCUCGCCCAUCUUUACGCCGUCCUUCUCAGCCUCACAGCGUUGUCAUGCCGCCGUCGAGAAUAUCUCCGCACUAUGCGAGUUCGUCGUCGCCAACGGCCUGCUGGUCAAGCUCGGCCCGCCGUUCGCCUUCACGCUCUGGGUUGCCGCGCGCGUCCUGCUCGUGCACGGGAGCACCGUCGAGCGCAAGUUGAGCGCACAGAUCGGGACCUUUGUCGACACCCUGCGGCAGAUGGGCCGGUACUGGCCCGUCGCGGCGCGCUAUUGCAGCCUGCUGAGCCGCGUACUGGACGAGCACCGCGACAGCGAGCGCCAGGGCGGCGGCGAGGUCCCCGGCAGCGUCAAGAUCCUGGCCGAUAUGCGUCGCACGGCGUUCGAUCUAGACUUUUUGAUCAGCCGCCAGCCGAGGCAUGUGCCGCCGGCGACGGCGAAUGGGGGUGGGAAUGGGAAUGGCGGAAGUGGCGGUGCGGGGGGUGGGAAUGGCGGGUGGCAGAGCCGGUUGGCGAGCGCCACGCCUGCGUCGAGGACACCCGCGCCGAAUGAGUUGGAGUAUCUGGAUGUGUUUGACUUUUUUAAUGUGCCCCGGCUGCCGGUCGCCCCGGGGGUGGUGGGGGGGAGUGCAGACGGGGGAGGGAAUCACGCCGAGUCAGGGGGUGGUGGGUUGAACGGCGUGCCGGGCGAGUUCAAUAUCACGGACUUUAUGGUGGAUGCGAAUAGGGAUUGGCUGUUCCAGCAAGGAGAGUCGAAGUUUAUGACUUGA